UCAUAACAACAUCUAUCAAUAUUAAGGUUAUGUUUUUAUGUAAUUUUAAAUUAAAAAAUAUUUCUUUCUAAUUUCUAUUAUUGCGAACAAUUUCCAACAGUAUUUAUGAGGUAUUAACCUAUAACAAUUCAACAUGGAUUUUUUUGAACGGGCACACAUUAUCAAAGGCAAAGGGACCAAAGGAGAAGAAACUGUAAAGAAACAACUGAAACUCAUGUUAAAAGGUUAUAAGAAUAGCGAUAAUAAACUUAUUAAAGAAGCGGAACACAUGAAAGAUGAUUCAGAUGACUCUACAUCUGUCAGUGGUUUUUCAGAUUUAAAUCUUACAGCAUCUAGUGAUGAUGAAAAAUUUACUCAUAAUUCAUCAACAGAUGAUAGCAAGUACCUAGUUGUAGAAACGAACUCGGAGACAUUAGACAAUGUUUCGAAGUCUACAACUGAUAGUUUUAGUGACAAUGUUGUUCAUGACUCUAUGGCUUCAAAUAAAGACAUUUCAUCUGAUAGUUUGUAUACAGACACUUUAAGUUCACUUGACAAAGAUACAAUGGAUUUCCAAGAUCAUAAUGAGUCUCCACCGGAUGAUUCUAGUACAGAAUUUGAUACUGAUGGCAAAUUAGCCUCUAAAAUUCAUGAAAACCUUAAAGCGCGCAAAGUAAAUAAAAAAAGAAAAUCAGUUGAAAUGUGUUCAACGAAUGAUUUUGUAGUGAUUGAAGAAGAGCUAGACAGUAAUAAUAGUAUCAAACAUAAAAAUAAAAAGCAAUGUGCUGAAAAGAUAUCGGCAAGUGCUUGUAAUGUAACUGAUUCCGAGGAACAGAAUAGCCUCUCUCCAGAAUAUGUAUCUAUUGCAGUAAAUGAUACACCACAUAUAAGCUUUGAGGAUAUUGUUGGAGAAUACAAACAUCCAACAGUUAGAAACCUUUCAAUUGAUUCUCAUGGUCCUUUGCUAUCGACUAAUAAUUCAGGGAUCUUCUCAGUUGAAUGUGAAAUAGCACAAAUUAAUACAGAGGAUGAUGUAGAUAGCUUAGCACCAGAGGUGGCGGAUGAUGUAACAAUAUCAGAUCUGAUUGAAGAAGACAGUGCUGGAACGAUCUUAGAGGAUAGUGUGAGCUCUGUCAUUGAAGAAAAUCAUGUUAUAGAAUCACAAUCUUCUUGCAUAGAUACAUCUGCAUUGAAAUCAAUUGAAAGUGUACCAGAACCUAACUUGCCCCUAGAAACCAAUGCUGAUUCUCUAAGUGUUUACAUCGGAAAUAAAUCUUGUGUUAUUGUAAUGAAACAUCCAAGUAGUUUAUAUCUAAAUGGUAAAGUGUUGGCAAAAUCUUUGGGCGGGAAUAUUGAUGUUUGUGGUUAUACUUUGAAAAGUGAGGAUUGCAAGAUCAUAGCUCCAUAUUAUAGUUACUCACAGUGUUUCAAAACUGUAGAGAAUUCAAAUGACUACAGUGGCUUGUUUAGUAAAUUAACGAGUGCUGGUCUAGCUACAGCAAAAGCAGAGGAUAUAGUUACUACCUUAGGAGAAUCUGAUGGGAUCCUACUGCUAAAACCGAUGGCAUCACUUAAAAUGGAAUUUGUAGAUAAUAAUUUUAGUGUAUCUAAUUUGUUUAAGAGUAAUAGAAGCAUUGAAAAUGUAUUUGAAGAGGCAUCAAAGUUAUUAGAUUGUACACUUUAUUCAAUAAAGCCUGUAAGAUGUUUUGAAGAGAAUCCACAAUGGAAGCAUGUGAUGAAAACUGCAUUAAAUACACCGAAAAGAGGAAUUGUCUGUGGAGGAAAGGGAAGUGGUAAAUCAACAUUCCUCAGAUAUUGUGUUAACAGGCUUUUACACAAUGGCCCUGUGUUAGUUAUUGACUUAGAUCCAGGACAGAGUGAAUUCACUGUAGCUGGUAAUGUUUCCGCAACAAUUGUCAGAGAGCCAAUAUUUGGACCAAGUUUCACACAUUUGAAGACACCAGAUAUGAUGCUAAACAUUGGUGUGAUCAGCACAAUGGACAAUACAAAAUGUUAUGUGAAUGCAGUUCAACAGUUGAUAAGUUAUUGCAAGGAUAAUGAACAUUAUAAGACAAUGCCAUGGAUUGUAAAUACUAUGGGAAUGACAAAUGCACUUGGCUUGAAGUUCAUGACAAUGAUAAUACACCUUAUAAGACCACAUUAUCUACUUCAGUACAACUGUAACAACAUGAAGAAAAAUUAUUCAACCAAAUUAUAUGCAAGAAAUGUAAUGCAAUUAUUUGAUCAAUUCAAAAGGGAUCGACUGUUUCAGAAUAUUUCGUAUUCAUAUUUAGAGUAUGAUUUCAUAUUUGCGCCAGAUGUGAAUACCCUAUUGGUGAAUAAAUUUUCAUUAGCACCCAGGGAUGAAAGAUAUUUAAGCUUUUUGGCUUAUUUUGGUGAAUUGUGUGAAACUUUUACAAAGGAUAUACAUAGUUGGGUGUUUGGGAUUACACCAUAUGAGGUGAUGCUAAAAGACUUGUAUAUUGGUGUAAAUGUUAAUCUGAAGGGAAACUGUAUCAAAAAUGUGAUCAAUGGAAAAGUGGUGGCCUUAUGUAAACAAAGAUCACAUUGCAGGAGCAAAGUGUUUAAAUUAUCUGAUAAACCAUUGCAGUGCUAUGGCCAUGGAUUGGUGAGAGGCAUUGAUUGGGAAAAAGAGGUCCUGUAUGUUGUUACACCUGUCAGUGGCAGUAAACUCAGUCUGGUGAACACCUUGGUAUACUCUGACUGGAUUCCUGAUAUAAGAGGCCAAGAAACUUAUUUACCGGAAGGUACCCAGCUGCCAUAUAGAACCACAGAAAACCACCAACAACUAAUGUCUACCCCUAGGAGAAGGUUCAACCCACUGCAACUGAUUAAAAUGACGAGUGAAAGUUCUGUUAAAUAAUUAAAUUAGUCAUAAAAGGAAGCCAUCAUUAUGUUAAUUCAAUGUAUAUUUGAAAGAUAAUUUUGUUUUUGUACUUACAAUACUAAUAAAACAUAAUAUAGA